AUGCCACGUCGUUUCUUCCUUCCACCAUCACCAUCACCAUCCACCCCACCAUUUCAAGCCACGACGACCGCCCGCGACAUCGACGUCGACCACGACCACGACGACGACCUCACUGACGACGACGACCACGCUGACGGUGCACGACGACACGCAACGUCGUCAACAACGACCCCGCCAUUGCAAGAGCCACACGACGUGGCAACGCCACGUCACACGGAUGGGAGGCGACGACAACCAUGCGGAACGUCAAUGGACGUUCCGCCUCGACUGCAGCCCAGGUGCCACGUCACGGUCAGCGACGUGGCAACGAAACGACGGACGGACACGACAACCGACGAGCCCGCCCACCCACAAACGACGCACACCACCCCACACGACCCCCACUGCCCACGAGCGCCCACGAAAAGAAACGAGCGCCCAGACACGACACCGAACGCCCACGACACGACAACCAAACGAGCCGCAACCGCACGCAAACGAAAACGGACGUCCAGCAGACGAAGACGACGACACGACCCCACUGCCCGCCCACGACAACGACUGCCCACGAGCGCCCACGACACGACAACGAACACCCACGCACGACAACGAACACCCACGAGCGCAACGCAAGCGCAAACGCGAAGACGAACGAAACGGCAACCCACCCCCACGGACGCCAAUACAGCCCACCACCCACGACCGACGACGACGCACGCCCAGGGACGAAGACGCGCGCCCACGCACGGAGGAUUCCGCUCGCGUCAACGGAAAUGGGCAACGACGAGCCCAGGUGAGCUCCCCCUCCCUCCAUCAUUCCUCACCACCACCCUUCCAUCAUCCCCCCUCCCUCCCUCUGUUGCUCCCCCUCCCUCCAUUGCCCCCCCUCCCAUUGCUCCCCCUUCCAUCCAUUCCCACCUCACCCUUCACCACUCCCUCUCUCCUCCAUCACUCCCUCUCUCCUCCAUCACUCCUUCCCCCUCCCUCCCCCCUCACUCUCUACUACAUUAUCCCCCCUCCAUCACUUCCCCCUGUCUUCCCCCCUCCCUUAAAUAUUGA